UCUCCUUCUCCUUCUCCUCCUCCGUUCCACUCCACACCCCGCACCCCACACCCUUCCAUUCCCCUCCAUUCCCUAGCCAGCCAGCCAGCAGCCACCACCGCUCAGAAACCACGCAUGGCUCAAUCUUGCAUUUCCUCUUUGAGAUUUUUCAACUCUUCUUCUUCUUCUUCCGCUCUCAUCUUCCCUUCUCCAAACCCUAACCCUACGUCUACCUCUGCUUCCCAACUCAAAUCUCUUUCCCUUGCUAAUCCUCUCCCUUCUAUUUCCUCCAGGAAAUUGAAAAUCUUACUCUAAUGCCCGGACUUGUACAGUCCUGGCAGUGUAUUCCGGAUGGCAGUCCGGCCACCACCUGAUCGGGCUUUACGCCAGGGUAUUUGGUCUAUCAGGGAUGAUUUGCAAGUCCCAACGUCGCCCUACUUAUCCCCAUAUGCCACCCAAGGAGCACAGGGCCCCCCUCCCAUGCUUCCGGAGCGUUUCCAGAGUGUCAUCAGUCAGCUUUUCCAACAUAGGAUAAUACGCUGUGGCGGAGCUGUUGAUGAUGAUAUGGCUAACAUUAUUGUCGCUCAGCUUCUCUAUCUUGAUGCUGUUGAUCCCACCAAGGAUAUUGUCAUGUAUGUCAAUUCUCCAGGAGGAUCAGUUACAGCUGGUAUGGCGGUAUUUGACACAAUGAGGCAUAUUCGCCCAGAUGUUUCCACUGUAUGUGUGGGACUAGCGGCUAGCAUGGGAGCUUUUCUGCUUAGCGCUGGCACUAAAGGAAAGCGAUAUAGCCUUCCAAACUCAAGGAUAAUGAUCCAUCAACCUCUUGGUGGAGCACAAGGUGGGCAGACCGACAUAGACAUUCAGGCAAAUGAAAUGUUGCAUCACAAGGCCAAUUUGAAUGGGUACUUGGCAUACCACACUGGUCAAAGCCUGGAGAAGAUUAACCAAGAUACAGACCGCGAUUUUUUCAUGAGCGCAAAAGAAGCCAAAGAAUAUGGGCUGAUAGAUGGUGUUAUCAUGAAUCCUUUGAAAGCUCUCCAGCCUUUAGCCGCUACAGCUGAUCAACAAUAACAAAAGUGUUGUAUAAGCUAUCAGUUAGUUGCUGCAUUAGAUAAAGAUUAAAAAGUUGUGUUCCUUCUGUUAUAAGUGAUGAAAUCCAUUAUUCAUCUGUCAGGGAGAAUAGUUUUGUACUGCCAUGUUAGGCAAUUUUGGGUUCCUUCACUAAAUGGUCUUGCCAGCCCCAAGGCCCCUAAAAACGAAGGAAAUGAACAGAGAGUAAUUUAUAUUCUUCAACCAUGUCAAGGAAAAGGGCAGUAAUCUUUGGGGUAUUAUUA